CAGGAGCCCCAAUUCUGAGAAAAUAUCAUUUAUACCCCUCCAUAACUUAAGUAUACUCAAUUGCCCUUCUUCAUUACAGGAGUACUCUUUAUUUAUUUUUAAAGUCAUCAAAUCAAAUUCAAGGAGAUCGACAGAAUUCGAAAAUGGAGAAAUCUCCGAUCUUGUUCGCUAUCGGAACCCUAGCUUUGCUUCUUGUUUCUGCCUUCGCUGACGAUGUUGUUGUUUUGACGGAGGAGAACUUUGAGAAUGAGGUCGGUCAAGAUCGUGGUGCACUCGUUGAAUUCUAUGCUCCUUGGUGUGGCCAUUGUAAAAAGCUUGCCCCAGAAUAUGAAAAACUUGGCGCGAGUUUCAAAAAGGCAAACUCUGUUUUGAUUGGAAAGGUUGAUUGUGAUGACCAGAAGAACCUUUGUAGCAAAUUUGAUGUUUCAGGAUACCCCACAAUUAAGUGGUUUCCAAAGGGAUCUUUGGAACCUAAGAAAUAUGAAGGUGCCCGUACAGCCGAGGCACUUACUGAGUAUGUCAACAUGGAAGGAGGGACCAAUGUGAAGAUUACUGCUGUUCCUUCAGAUGUGGUGAUCCUAUCACCAGAAAACUUUGAUGAAGUUGUAUUGGAUAAAUCUAAAGAUGUUCUAGUUGAAUUCUAUGCCCCAUGGUGUGGUCACUGCAAGGCACUUGCUCCCAUUUACGAAAAGGUUGCAACUGCAUUUAAAUUGGAUGAAGAUGUCGUGAUUGCAAGCCUUGAUGCUGAUAAAUACAGAGAUUUGGCAGAGAAGUAUGGCAUCAGUGGAUUCCCAACAUUGAAGUUCUUCCCUAAGAACAAUAAAGAUGGUGAAGAGUAUGAAGGUGGUAGGGAUUUGGAUGACUUUGUAAGCUUCAUCAAUGAGAAGUGUGGCACCAGUCGUGAUAGUAAAGGUCAACUUACUUCAAAGGCUGGUAUUGUUGCGUCUUUGGAGGAGCUGGUGAAAGAAUUUGUAAGUGCAACCAACGAUGAGAAAAAAACCAUCCUAAACCGAUUGGAGGAAGAAGCUGGGAAGCUUGAAGGUUCUGCUGCAAGGUACGGGAAGAUCUAUACUAAGGUAGCCAAAAAAUGCAUGGAAAAAGGUGCUGACUAUGCUAAAAAUGAAAUCCAGAGGCUUGAACGCAUGCUUAGCAAGGCAAUCAGUCCAGUGAAAGCUGACGAGUUCUCUUUAAAGAAGAAUAUCUUAUCCACUUUUGCGGCUUAACCUGCUUGAUACGAUGCUCAACAUUUAUACUUCGAGUGCUAAUCUUGCAGAUUCUAUUUUGGCUUAGGGAAAAGGUUUCUUAGUGUUGUGUUUCUGGUGCGCGUUGUUCGCUGCGCAUUUUUGCUCUUAUAGCUCAAUCGUACUUGCAUAAUUUAUUGUUUGUGUUGCAUGUUUAGAAAUAAUAGACCCAGAGGAAUGUUUAUGGCUGCAAUAGUGUUAGGAGCCGCCAGUUAAUUUCUUUGUCUGAUACAUUUUGUUCGCGCUGUAAUACAUGAUUACUCUUCACUACCA